AUGUCCUCAAAAUUUACUCUCGUUAACUCCCCAAUAUUUUACAACGAGGAUUAUAAUAAUUAUGCCAUUUUUAAUGCAGUUGAUAUGGAUACGUCACCAAUGAUACAAGUAGAAAUACGAAAUAGUCACGGUGUAUUCCUUUUCCAAACGCUGAUAAAUACCCGCGUGUCGCCUAAAACUGUUGGACUUAAUGAUCGUCAACAAAAACGUUAUAAACUUAAACUAUAUCACAAAUAUUCCGUUCAAAUACAUGUUCAUCAACAUAAUUUAUUAACUAUUAUUAAUCAAAAGUUCAAUGUCGAUAAAACAGUCGGAGGAUACAAUCAUGUAUUCGAAAGAAUAUUUGGGAAUAUCUUAUUAUCCAGGUUAUAUCCUCAAAAUUUUAUUCGUAAAACAGGAAUGAAACAUUCACGUGGAAUAUUACUUAGUGGGCCACCAGGUACCGGAAAGACACUGAUUGCUCGAACAAUAUGUGAAGUUUUAAGAGUAAAACCAAAGAUUGUCAACGGUCCCGAAACAUAUAACCAUUUGUUAAGAGAAUCCGAAGCAAAAAUAAGACAUUUAUUUGAUGAAUCAGAAUUCGACGCAGAAAAGUAUGGUGCGAACAGUGAUCUACACAUUAUUAUGGUGGUGAAGCUCCAAUGA